GUCAAUGGCGUCAUGAAUUCCUUGCAGCCUCGGCGUUAGUCGACCCCAGGCCAUCAUGAGGGCUGGUGGGGUCAGACUCAAAACUCACUCUCCGCCAGCGAUCGCCGGCUAGAUCUAGGUUCCGCGUUUACCGUGUACCUUAUUUAUACGUCAGAACUCUCUUCCAAUCUUCAGCUCCUGUAUGAGUGCAGAAUUUCUCUGUAUCUUCUCACACUACCGCAACAUACUAGACCGACAAUCCUCCUCCUCGGACAGGCGUACCCCUCCACAUCACAAUGGCUUCUACGCAAAGCCAAUACCCUUUGGACCCCUCUGGGCCCUCAGUAACCACUUCCGCUGUCCCAAAAAUGCAAAAACCGAUCCCCUACUCCUGUAGCAACGGUCACCGCACCCCGCUCUCCUCCAUCCUCCCACCACUCAUCUUCGGCACCGCAACCUUCAACCACCAGUACAACUCCGACCCCUUCUCCCUCGACACGACCGGCCUCGUCGCCUCCGCCCUCGACUACGGCAUCCGCGCCUUCGACACGUCUCCCUACUACGGUCCCUCCGAGCAACUCCUCGGCGCUGCCCUCGCCACCCCUUUCGUCCGCUCCACCUUCCCUCGAGAUUCAUACCUCCUCCUUACAAAAGUCGGUCGCAUCGCGUCUUCAGAGUUCGACUACAGCCCCGCCUGGAUAAGAACGAGCAUUGCGCGCAGCUUGCGGCGCCUGCAAACUCCCUACCUCGACCUCGUCUACUGCCAUGACAUCGAGUACGUGUCUCCGGACGAAGUCGUCACCGCGGUCCGCGAACUCCGAAGAAUCAGAGACGAGGAAGGAACGAUUCGAUAUAUAGGAAUCUCGGGCUACCCUAUAGGUGUCCUCGGUUCCGUCGCCGAACUCAUCCUCCGCGAAACUGGCGAACCAGUAGAUGCAGUCCAAUCGUUUGCCAAUUUCACUUUGCAGAACCGGACGCUCGGAGGCCCUGGCGGGAUCGACCGGCUUGCCGCUGCCGGUGUCCAAGUCGUCACGAACGCAAGUCCCCUGGGUAUGGGGUUAUUGAGGAGAGAAGGCGUCCCCGUGGGAGCGCUGGGCGAUUUCCACCCCGCUAGCCGCGAAUUGAGAGCUGCGGUGCGCAGGGCUAGCGAGUUCUGCGACGGAGUGGGGGAGAGAUUGGAGGUGGUUGCCUUGCGCUGGGCGCUCGAGACGUGGAUCUCUGCGGGCGCAGCUGCGGGUUCGAGAGCGCACCCUGUGUCGGGCUUACCCGGGAAGGAGGAAUCGAAUGAGGAUGUGGGUAGAGGGACGAAGUUUGGGAUCAGUGUGAUCGGGGUGUCGAAUGCGAAGGAGUUGGAGAUGACGAUGCUGAUGUGGAGGAGCAUAUUGGAUGGGUUGGAGGGAGGUGAGGAUAAGGCUGUGCAGACGGGGCGAUGGAAGAGGGCGCGGGAGUGGUCGAGGAAUAGGAGGGAGGCGGUUGAGAUGUUGGCGGAGGGGGUGCAGGAGGUCCUGGGAGAGUGGUUCAACUACGCGUGGGACAGUCCUCCGAAGGGGUUUGUGAAUCAGAGGAAGAAGGGGCAGAUUGAGGGCCAGAGCGAGGGAAAGAAGGAAGACGCACCAUGAUCGACGCCCGCCGGGAGUCCAAGAGCCUAAGCCGUCGGUGAAGACUACUGAGCCGGGGGAGAAGGGGAUUCCAAACGUUGAGUUUUGUGAGUAAGCACAUUGCCUUUGAUUCUAGGUUCCUUGGGUUUGCAUUCCUGGCAUACAAAGGCGCAAU